CAUCCAUGUAAGGUUGGGUUUUCAGUCAACUAUCCAUGCUUCUAGAGAGGAUGCCUAUUCUGCAAGAUUUUUGUAUUAUUUUUAUUCUUAACUGGAACUGAACCAAAUCACAUGAAUUGCUGCUAGCAACAAAAGUUAGAUACAAACUGUUACAUAUUACAUUUAUUGAGCUACAGUUGGUUUUAUAGAAGAUAGCACCUAAAUAGGUAAUAAGGUUUGAUCGGACAUAUCUGAUAAUUUGAUUUGGAAACUAAGUAUUGGCUGUCAGUUUUAACCAGGAAUGGCUUCAAGCAGUACAUCAAAUGAAAAAUACUGUCAUAGAUCCGACAUGUCUAAGAAAAUAGUUAGUAAGGAAAAAGACUUAAAAUCACAUAUUAGUACAGAAAAGCAGCAGCGUUUUAAGUGUGAAAUAUGCUCAAAAACAUUCAGCCUGUCUGGUACGUUACGCAGACAUGUGCGUCUCCAUACAGGUUUAGGUCUGUCAGAGUGCAAUAUAUGCAAGAAAAGUUUCAUCCGUGCAAAAGAUUUAAAACAUCACCAGUCCGUUCAUACUGGAGAACGCCCUUACGUAUGUGAAAUUUGUAAAAAAUCUUUCAGAUAUCCAGCCAAUUUACGUCAACAUAGGAAGAUUCAUACUGGAAUGCUUCCAUUUAAGUGCAAUGUCUGUGGGAAAAAAUUCCGCUCGAAAGAAAAUUUAAGGGUUCAUUUACAUAUUCAUACAGGAGAACGGUCUUACGAAUGCAAGAUCUGUGGAAAGGCAUUCAGUGAACGUGAAUAUUUGAAAGAACAUGAAAUUGUUCAUACCAAUGUAAAAGCAUAUCAAUGCGUUAUUUGUAAGAAAUCGUUCAAAAGAGCUAAAACAUUGAAUGACCAUAGAAAUACCCAUUCUCCAGAGAAAGUUUAUAAAUGUUCUAUUUGCCAAAAAUCAUUUAAUUGGAGAGGAAACUUAUAUGCCCAUAUGAAACAUCAUUCGGAUGAUAGACCGUUCGAGUGUGACUUGUGUAGCAAAAAGUUCAAGAGAGCAGCGGACUUGCGUAGAUAUAAACUUAUUCACACUGGAGAACGGCCUUUUGAGUGUGAGACAUGCAAAAAAGCUUUUAAAACCUCUUCUGACUUAAAGAGACACAUAAUUAGUAUUCAUACCAAGACUGUUCAUGUGAAGAGCCUUUCAGAGCAACAUACAUAAAUCAUCUUUCAAAAGAGCACAUUCAUUACAUGAUCUUAGAUCAAUUCAUGCUGAAGAGAAACCUUAUGAAUUCUGUAUUUGAUUGAAAGCAUUCCAUUGGAGCUCUAGCAUAUAUGACCACAUGAAAUGUCGUUUUUAAAAGUAAUGAGCUUUUUGAGUGUGACAUCUAUGUAAAAAUAAACUUCAAAAAUUUAAAUUUGCAUGAACAUAAACGUAUUCAUGCUGGAGAGAUACGAUUUGAGUAUGAUUUAGGUAGUGCUCUGACUUUAAGCUUAGUUAUAUGAGAUUAUUUUCAUGUCCUCCUCCAAUUUUUGUGUACAGACAGGUAGAGAUACUUACCAAGGGUGAGUAAAAAACAAGUGGUUAGUUUUUUCUCCAUUUUUUCAAAGGGAAAAAAAUAACGGGGAUAGAACUAAGCAGAGGGUAGAAAAAAAAAAACUGGUUAGUUUUCUGCCAUGUUUGUGUUCUAAAUCUUAGAGAUGGGUUAUGAGGGGAACAAACAAAAUGGGUGAGAAAACCAACUGUUUUGUUUUGUUAUCUCCGUUUUUU